CUCCGAGCGAGCACCGUCUCCUGUAAUGCAAUAGUGUGUCUGUGUGCCAGUACGACGACAUGGAGGGGACUCCUCCCAGCCACGGCCUGCCCGAGCCGGACGAGGGCAUCACCUCCGACCGCCGCCCGUCCACCGACGACCACGCCGACCUCUCCGACAGCGCCUCCGACACCGGCUCCGGCGGAGGGAAGGACUCCGGCUGCGAGGUCGCCGCCGAGGCCCAAGAGCCGCCCUACACACCACCUGAUGAUGAACUAGCUCAUAGGAUCGUCUCACAAGUUGAGUUCUACUUCUCCGAUGCCAAUAUCACAAAGGAUGCCUUCUUACUCAAACAUGUGCGAAGAAACAAGGAAGGGUAUGUGUCCCUCAAGCUCAUAUCCAGCUUCAAACGUGUCAAGCACUUGACGAAGGACUGGCGGGUGGUCGCCGAAGCACUCAAGCGGUCUACAAAGUUAGAAAUCAAUGAAUUAGGAACAAAAUUGCGAAGGAUUGACCCUCUCCCGGCGUAUGACGAGACGACGCCUUCCAGGACCGUGGUGGCAGUCAGGAUGCCGAUAGAUCGUCCCUCGGUGGAGAACGUGUCGCGCCUGUUCGCCGGCUGCGGCGAGAUCGCCCUGGUGAGGGUGCUGCGCCCCGGCAACCCGGUGCCGGCGGACGUGCGCCAGUUCCUCAACAAGAACCCCAGUUUGGUUAAUUGUGUGUGUGCGUUAGUUGAGUUUACUGAAUCUGAAUCUGCAAGAGAAGCUUUGCGUCUACAGACCCCUGAAGAUGACGGCAUGCGAGUGUAUGAGUUAAACGGUGUUCCUAGAGAGCCUAAGAGGAAGGCGGGUAUCAGACGCGCGCCUCCGAGGCGGCACGAGUGCGAGUACUCGUCGUGCUGCAGCGGCUCCGAGGCCGAGUACGACUACAGAUACGGCACGCCGUUCUACCGGAGGAACUCGAGCGGGUUCUUCGCGCCGCGCUCGCCGGAGAUCCAGACGUGGGUGCCGCGGCGGCCGUCCACGUGCAGCCACAGCUCGGACUCGGGCGUGUCGCUGUACUGCAGCUCGCGGCGCACGUCGGCCGCCAGCACGGGCAGCGCGGGCAGCGAGGGCUGGCUGGCGCGGCGGCUGUCGGGCUGCUCGGUGUCGGGCGAGUGCGGCGGGCGCCGGGUGUCCUGCGCCCCGCGCUGGGAGCCGCGGGCGCCGCUGGUGCCGGACGGCACGCGCGGGUUCCAUGCCGCCGCUCGCCAGCGCCGCAUCUCGGACCUGGCGCUGUACUCGCGCUAGAAAGCGCGCGCCAACCGUGACACCUUUCUAAUCACGUUGGAUAACCGCCUUUCACGUUCUGGCCGCUGGUUUUUUAAUCUAUUUCGCACGAGGAAGCGUCGCGUGUGUUCCGCGGUCGUUUUCCUCGCAGAACAAACUGAGUUACCUUCUCGAACGAUGUGAUCAUGCUCAUUUAGUCGUAAGCCACAGAACGCUGUGUCUAGUUUCGUAAAUCACUUAAAUAUAUAAUUUAUUAGUACAUUGUAUUUAUGAAUCGCGUAAUUUAUUGCGAAUGCGCGCGCGUCGCGGUCGAGUUUUCAUUUCGAGUUAUGUCAGAGUUGUGGGCACAAAAUGAACACGCAAAAUCGACAUUCAGGCGAUUGUAGACUCUGAGAGCGAUACAUGUUAAGAUCAGACAGAUGUUUAUAAGGGCGACGUUGCACCGCAGCGAGGCGAGCAAACAUAGCUCGUGCGAACACUUGCAAAGUGCAUUAACCGCUGGAGAUCAGUCUGUGCGCGGCGUCUGCGCGCGCGCGGUGCGGCGCCGCCUCAGCUCGGAGUAACAGAGCGCGUACACUUGUAGAAUGUAUUACGUAAGGUAAUUGCACACAUUCGACAACCGCUUCCUGUAAAAGUAACAGCCUCUCUUACUCCGAUUAGCAAAAUAGCCGCGACGCGCAUGGCUAACAUGUUUUUUAAAUUUUUUUACAAUUAAGUCAUAUUUUAACUUAAGUCAGUCGCCAUUUCAUGUUAACUGUCGUUUUAAUUAAGUCCUGUCGAUGUAAGUACAUUGUGAUGAUUAUGUAGAUACCGGGUUGCGCAACCCACUACUUUCUUGUGCGUUUUUUUAAUUUAUUUUUGUAUUGAGCAGAGGAGCGUUACAUGCUUGUGUCGGCACAACUAUUUCGCUUUUUAUGUUAAGUGACGCAUGGCGUUGUGACUUUUUGACAGAACCUUCGUGCUGAAUCUAAAACAAAAUAGUUGUAAUUACAUUAUGUUACGUAUAGUUAGAUUUGGUGCGUUGUCCGUUUAUGUUGAAGUCACACAAUCUCUGUAUGUUGUAAAGUUGAGAUGAUUUAUUUUAAAGAUAUAUAAUUAUAAGAUUUUUGGAGAAA